AUGCUUAUUAGAGCCUUUAUCCUGUCCCUCUGCCUUCUCAGGUCAUCCGCUCUCCCUGCGCCGGAGAACCUUUCUCCUGGUGAUGGCAUUCCGGGUGGAAACGCCAGAACUGCAGGUGUCAUUCCGGCACCUGGGGAACCAUUGCACGGAAGACUCCCUGAGCUUAACAAGGACGAAACAAAGAAAGCAAUACGCCUCGCGGAAAGAGGGAUGACCGGAGAGGAGCUCCCAAAGUACCUCAUUUUCGCUGGACAGGCAUCAAAUGUGACGGAGCUAGAUACCGGCGUGAUCAGUCUUGACUGGGAUUGCCCCGACGGCGGCAUCGGGACAGCCUGCUCCUGGAGCGGUGUACCCAUAGUGAUCAGGAUUGCCCUUCUUGUGGAACAAAUCGACACUCUCAACGGCUCUCUGGGCACAAUUUCGGCCGUCGACGGAUGGCAUGUCGCUAACAUCAAUACGCCCGAUGAAAUCCGCCUGAUGGAGAACCAUCUCUCGCUUAUGCUCUCCACCGAGGUCUACCAUGUUGGUAUUUGGUAUGGUGAAGGGCAAAGGACUGUGCCUCUAUCUACACGAAGUGUGGACUCUACCACGGCCACUCCGCGUCAUAUCUUUGCAGGUGACUUUCAAGGCCAUCCCGUCCACUUCACCUAUAUGGGCCAGGUAAAUAACAACACCCACUUUCGAUUUGGAUACGGCCUCGGCCCCAUAAUAGCAGAAAAUCGCCGCCGCAUGAACCGCCGUGAGACGCUCACGAUCAAUAACCAGUACUUCGACAAGGGCGGCUUCGACUAUGCUGGAGUAGCGCCAGGCGCGGCUGCCUAUCUUAACCCCGACAAUCAAGAUGACUUUUUUAACUGGGUUUCAGAACAAGUUUCCUGUUAUUUUGAGGAAAUUGAUGAUUUCCCACUCGCCCCUGCACUCCAGUUCCAGAUCUAUAACUCGCUUGACAAGAUGACUCUGGCGGCGAACGUUAUAGCACCCUUCACCAAAGACUCCGAAUCAGCUAUUGGGAGCGUGGAACCGACAGGCGGAAUCAUCAUAAAUGAUAAGUGUGCCUACAGGUAUGAGGAUCCGCAUGGGUGUGAAGCGUGUGAAGAUGAAGAGUAUGAAGAUGAAGAGCUGCAAUAG